GGGCGGAAGUGUCUGCUGCUGAGGCCGCCUUGGUUACGGCGUUUCCCGCCCCGCGGACGUCAUCUCUCUGAGCCGGCUCUCGGUUGCCCGCGCGGGCGCCGCCCGAAACUGUGGGGCCCGGGGUGCCGCCCCCUCAGGAACCACCAUGUUGGUGAUACCCCCCGGACUGAGCGAAGAAGAGGAGGCCCUGCAGAAGAAAUUCAACAAGCUCAAGAAAAAGAAAAAGGCAUUGCUGGCUCUAAAGAAACAAAGUAGCAACAACACAGCCAGUCAAGGAGGUGUCAAGCGCUCCCUGUCAGAGCAGCCUGUGGUGGACACAGCCACGGCAACCGAGCAGGCAAAGCAGCUGGUGAAGUCCGGAGCCAUCAGUGCCAUCAAGGCCGAGAACAAGAACUCAGGCUUCAAACGUUCUCGAACCUUAGAGGGGAAGGUCAAGGAUCCUGAGAAAGGGACAGUCCCUACUUUCCAGCCAUUCCAGAGGAGCAUAUCUGCUGAUGACGACCUACAGGAGUCAUCCAGACGUCCCCAAAGGAAAUCUCUGUAUGAGAGCUUUGUUUCUUCCAGUGAUCGGCUCCGGGAACUGGGGCCCGAUGGGGAGGAAGCAGAGGGCCCCGGAGCUGGCGACGGUGCCCCUCGAAGCUUUGACUGGGGCUAUGAAGAGCGGGGUGGUGCCCGUUCUUCAACCUCUCCUCCGAGAAGCCAUAGUCGGGAUCGGAGUCGGGAGAGGAACAGGGACCGAGACAGAGAUCGGGACCGGGACCGGGACAGAGAUCGGGACCGGGAGCGGGAUCGAGACAGGGACAGGGACCGAGACCGGGAGCGGGACCGAGACCGGGAUCGAGACCGGGAUCGAGACAGAGACCGAGAAGGCCCUUUCCGCAGAUCAGAUUCGUUCCCUGAACGUCGGGCCCCUCGGAAGGGGAACACCCUCUAUGUGUAUGGAGAAGAUAUGACCCCCACCCUCCUCCGUGGAGCCUUCUCUCCAUUUGGAAACAUCAUUGACCUCUCCAUGGACCCACCCCGAAACUGUGCCUUCGUCACCUAUGAAAAGAUGGAGUCAGCAGAUCAGGCUGUUGCUGAGCUCAACGGAAUCCAGGUAGAAUCUGUACAGCUCAAAGUCAGCAUCGCCCGGAAGCAACCCAUGCUGGAUGCUGCCACUGGCAAGUCUGUCUGGGGCUCCCUCGCUGUCCAGAAUAGCCCUAAGGGUUGCCACCGGGACAAGAGAACCCAGAUUGUCUACAGUGAUGAUAUCUUCAUUGAAAACCUCGAGGACGGCUUCUAGGGAGUAGAGCUGGAUUUUGUGUGCCUCAUCUGCCCCGUACUGGUCUCAGUAAAACCCUGAGGAGGAAGCUCA